UAGCGAAGAAAAAAAAAAAAACAAAAAAAGAAAAGAAAACGAAGCCUUCCUUCGCCGCCGCAAUAGAGAUCGGCCAUUGAAACCCUAAACCCCCUUUCUUGAUUUUUCUCUGUUCCAUCAAACGCUCUGGGCAAAGCUUCUUCACUCUCCCUCUCAGACCGAUCGUGAUUUUGCAUACUCCUCUCAGAAUCUCUGAAAGAAAUCAGAAUCAGAAUAAUGUAUAAUCGUAAGCCAAUGGAGAAGAAGAAGAAGGAAGGCAUGGCUUCUACUAAUCAAGAUAUGAGCUUUAAGAAUAUUAUGAAAGAUGUUCAAUUCUUUGCCUCUACGCAUAUGACAUGGAAGGAUAAGAAAGCAUUAGAGAACAAGCAAGUGGCUGAACUUGGUGGAAAGCCUCAAAAGAAGCAGAGGCUACCUUUGAGUGUAGCGUUAGUACCGAUGAAGAAACAGAAAGAGAGAGAAGAGAAGAUGUUGGACCAGAAUAGGAUUCUUGGGAGAUUUGGAGGACAGUUUGGGAGUGUAAGUACUAGGAAACCCGUAGAGAAGAAGCGUACGCCAGAAGAGAGAGUCUUGAAGUCUACUGUAGGACAUUUCAAGGGCGGUGUUCUUGAUGUUAGGCAUUUGCUACAUCCCGGUAAUUCCAUAACUAAUGACAGAGAUUUCAAGAUAAAGAAACACAGAAAGAACGAGAACAUGGGAGGAGGAGGUGGUGAAGGAGGCGGCAUCAAGUCUAAGGGAAAGAAGAAAAAUGGCAAGAAGAAGAAUAAAGGAAAGAAGAAAGGAGGCGGUAAGAAGAGAGGCAAGCCAUCACGGUGAGCUUUGUAACAAGUUUUGAAGCAAAGAUGAGUGCAGUUACGGCUAUAUUGACCUUGGUUUUGAUUGUGUGUUAUCUUCGAUUUUUGUAGAAAAGAACGAGAUUGUUAAAUUAUUUUGCAAUUGUUUUCUUGAUUUCA